AUGAGAAAUACACGCAACAGAGAGGGGGGAGAGGAAGGGGACCCGGAGGAGUGGCAGACGGUGGGGCCGAAGCAGCGGGCGGCAGUGACGAGGACCCAUGCGGUGCAGUCAUCCUGUCUGAGCGAGAUAUUCGGUGGUCAGCUGAGGAGUGAAGUGCGGUUGGCAGGCAGCAAGCCAUCAGCCACGGUGCAGCCCUUCUCGCUGCUACAGCUGGACAUAGCAUCGGAUCGGAUCAGAUCGGUGGAGGAGGCGCUCAAAGCCUUUGCUGCACCAGAGGUGGUGGAAGGGUAUCGACCCAGCAAUGCCAAGGAGAACCACAUGAAGGAGAACCACAUGAAGGAGAACCACAUGAAGGAGAACCACAUGAAGGAGAACCACAUGAAGGAGAACCACAUGAAGGAGAACCACAUGAAGGAGAACCACAUGAAGGAGAACCACAUGAAGGAGAACCACAUGAAGGAGAACCACAUGAAGGAGAACCACAUGAAGGAGAACCACAUGAAGGAGAACCACAUGAAGGAGAACCACAUGAAGGAGAACCACAUGAAGGAGAACCACAUGAAGGAGAACCACAUGAAGGAGAACCACAUGAAGGAGAACCACAUGAAGGAGAACCACAUGAAGGAGAACCACAUGAAGGAGAAUCACAUGAAGGAGUGCUGCUGCUCCUCCUGUAUGCUUUCUCUUCUUACUCUGUCCUGCCCUCCACGCCUUUAUACUCUUCCUACCCCUGUCAAGAUCCACAAGCCUGUCUCCUUCCCUCUCUCCCUCACUCUCUCACGGGACCUCCUCUUUUCCUCCUCUCCCUCCGUCGAGGAACGGCGAUACUCCCUUUUUGCCACUGUGGUGCACCAGGGAAGAGACCCUUCCUCCGGCCAUUACACUGCCGAUGUUCGCCAGCCGGACGGAUCCUGGCUCAGAUUCGACGACGCACGAGUUUUGUCUGUUUCUGCCAAGCGGGUGCUUCAGGAACAGGCGUAUCUGCUGCUGUACCAGAGGGAAGGUGUAAGGCAGUGA